AUGUCUUUUACCACUUACAACGCAAGCAUAUGGUGCGACAGGCUUGUAAUCGAUCGUCACAACAUGGUACAGGAUUGGUCAGGUUAUCCAAGAAAGAAUGCAAGAAUGAAGCAGCACAGAUCGCCCAGAAAGAAGUGGAAGCAGCAUGGGAGCAGGAUCAAUACAGACGAAGAAAUGAAGCAAUUCCCGGAGAGGGAUGGGAAACACGCAGAAGAUAUGCCAACCCGUCCUGAGCUUCUUGACACCUGCCACAAUCAUUUCUUCUUGGGCCAGCCCUACCCACGAAAACAGCAAAGAGGAUGGAAAAGGCAUGUAAUCGAAGUGUAA